AUACAUUAUAUAUAUAUAUUUAUAAAUCGUUGAAGAAGAAUAUUAUAAAACUAGAAAGUAUAUUCAUUUAAAAGAUACUCAGAUCAUUGUGCAGUGUAGGAGGGUUUAUUUUCUCAUUAUUAAUAGUAAGUCAUAUGUUAAAAAUUAUUUUAUAGAAUACAUUACAUUUAUUACAUGAAGAGGAUUUUAGCUAAUCAUACAUUAAACGUCAAUUGCUAGAUAUUAUUGCUUUGACAUACCUUACGUCACAAUGGCACCAACAAUACCCAAAAAAUUACCCUCCAAACUGUCAGAAGUGAAUAAAGAGCACUCGAAGAGCUUUAUAAUGCGACCAGACUUGGGUGCUGGUGACAUGGAUUGGAUGCGAGGGAAGGUUCUGCUAAAACCAGAUGAUCAAUUGCAACUAACGGAAGCAGAGUUACAAGAGGAAUUUGCCAAAGUGUUAACUACACAUAACACCAGGGUACCAGAUUCCCUGGUCGAAUGGUCAUGGAAAUUACGUGAAUUUGUGAGAUUGCCACCUCCGCCAGAUUUAGUAACUCUUCUGAAUGUGACCGGUACUAUACUACACAAGGACUCUGAAGAAGCUAAAAUGCAAUUGACAGCUGACGAACAUGAGGAGGCAGUGGAUGAAAAAUUGAAACGUGAUGAAGCCGAAGAAGAAAAUGAUGAAGAAGCAGAUGAAAUAGACAAAACAGUGGAGGCGCUAGCCGAAGCUGAACAACAGGAACAGGAAUUAGAACCUGAGCCAGAACCAGAGCCAGAACCUGAGCCAGAACCCGAGGAUGUUUCAGAGAAGAAGAAACCCAAGAAAGCACCUAAUCAAUUUAAUUUCUGCGAAAGAGCGGCGUUGACGUACGACAAUCCUAUGAGAGAUAUGAGCACGCAAACUAUACCUCCGCCUACUGCGACUUUUAACGUCAAUGUUUUCCAAUGGACUAUUUUUGACGAGUAUCAGGAGGACUAUGAUCAGCAGCAGCGCGAGAAAGAGAAGGAGAAGAGAGUGCCGUUGACGCUGCCGAAGAAGGAAGAUGUGAAGAAGAAAGCUCAACUGGAGUCUGCGGCAAUGACGCAGAGAAUGCUACAAGCUGCGAAAACGUUGGAACGAAUGGUCAAUCAAAAUAUCUUCGACGAUAUAUCACAAGAUUAUAGAUACUGGAACGAUCCCAGCGAUGAGUUCAAGGACGAAGAAGGUUCCUUAUUACCUCUGUGGAAGUUCUCUUACGAGAAAACUAAGAAGCAUGACAUCACGGACAUGUGCUUCAACACCACGUAUUACGAUCUUUUCGCGGUCGCCUUUGGAACAUUGUCAUUUAAUAGUGCGAUAACGAACGGCACAGUAUGCUUAUUCAGCUUGAAGAAUCCGUCGUAUCCGGAAUGGAUUUGUCCGACAGAGUCUCCCGUGAUGUGCCUGGACUUCAACGCCCAGCAUCCUCACCUUCUGGUCAUCGGUACCAUGGACGGGUCAGUAGCGGUUUAUAACGUAAUGUUACCGCCCUCCGCGCCGCAAUACAAGAGCAGCGACGUCGUGCAGAAGCACGGGGGAUUGGUAUGGGAGAUUUGUUGGGCGCCUGACACGGAAGAGGGAAAUCUGGCGUUCUUCAGCGUCAGUAUCGACGGCAAGAUAAAUCACUGGGUGUUAAAUCAAAACGAUCUCGGUCUCACCACCGUUAUGACGUUAUUUCUGAAUCGACCGCCUAUCCCGGGACCAGACGGCACGAUGAUCACGCUCAAAGGAUGCGGGAUGUGCAUGGCGUUUCAUCCUGCCGAUCAGAACGUCUUCCUGGUAGGCACGGAAGAGGGUACCAUAUACAAGUGCAAUACGGCGUACAGCAGUAUCUACAUGAGGACGUAUCACGAGGCGCACACCAUGCCGGUGUACCGGAUAGUCUUCAACAAGUUCAACUCCAGCAUCUUCGCCAGCUGUUCCGGCGAUUGGCGAAUCAAAAUCUGGGAAGACGAGAGACCGGAGCCGUUGUUCAUGUUUGAUCUGGGCGUUCCGGUCGGUGACGUUCAAUGGGCACCGUACAGCUCGACAGUGCUGGCCUGCGUAUCGAACGACGGCAAAGUUACGGUGUUCGAUCUAAAUGUUAACAAGUACAGGCCUAUAUGCAGUCAGCAGAUUGUCAGCAAACGGAAGAGCAAAUUGACGCGAUUAGCUUUCAAUUACGCGCUACCGUUUAUAAUAGUCGGCGAUGAUAAAGGUAUCGUGAAUACACUGAAACUGUCCCCAAACUUGCGGAUCCAAGUGAAACCGACGAAGAAGCAACUGCACUUAUCAACAACUGAACUAGAAUCGAUGAAGUUAGAAAAACUGCUUAGUUUUGUGCGUGAGCCUCCAGUGCUGAUUCCACCUGAAGACGUGAGAACGUCUUCGGUGUCCUAAAGUAAGUAAAACUGAUGCGUCAAAUAUGUAUACAGAGCUUUUGAGCUUUUGUAAAACAGUGCUUUAUUAGUAUCUGCUAUAACAGACGCGGAUACAUAUACAUAUCUAUAUUUUUACAAAUAAAUUGGCACUAAUUAAUAGAGAGCUCAAACAGUUCUACGAAGUAGUAUGUAUGCCUGGGCUUAUUGCCUGCAAAAAUCUUUAUAAUAAAUCACCUCAAGUUCACUGUUGAAUAUGCAAUAAACAAAAUUAUUCGACCUAAACUAUUUCCAAUCCAUGUACGAAAUAUAAUAUAUUAUAUAGUUUUUUCUAAAAUGCAGAGAAAUAAAAGAAAAUAUCUAUUUAUGGAAGUUUGUCUUGUUCCCUUAAGAUUACGACUUUUGAUUGAGCGAAACUUGAACAAUGGAAAAAUUUCUACUAUAUAAAUAUUCAGGAAAUAUUAAUCUUCUGACAUUUUAUAUAAUCGUUCGAGAUAUAAUAAUAAAAUACAUUAUUAAAUGCUUCUAUCACAAAUAAAAUAUUUUUUUAAAUGUUACAUUAGAUCUGUUCAAGUAUCAUUAAUGUUAAAUAUUUAAAUUUCUAAUGUACAGAUUAUAACACCUGCAAAUGAACACUGUAUAUGUAGUAAAGCUAAUAUAAAGUUACAAUAAAAGUGUACACAC